AUGGAUUCUAAUUCUUAUAACCCCACGUCUAAGUUUGUUGAUCUGCUUACUAGUCAACAACAAUCUGUGUUCGGUUUUGGUGAAGAUAGUGUUGAACUAUCUUCAUCUCACGUCCCUUAUUUUGGAACUCAAGUCCAAGAAGCUUCAAACUUUACUGAAGAGAGUCCUGCGGCGCGUAGAGAGAGGAGGACGUGGACGCCAAUCGAUGAUCUUGUACUCAUCAGCGCGUGGUUGAACACAAGUAAGGAUCAUGUCGUUGGCAAUGAGCAAAGGUGUGGCACUUUCUGGAAGCGGAUUGCGGCCUACUUUGCCGCAUCUCCUAAGGUAGCAGGCUCUGAACACAGAGAGCCUAGUAACUGUAAACAACGCUGGCAGAAGAUCAACGACACUGUCAACAAGUUUUGUGGCGCAUUUGAAGCUGCAAGAAGCGCUAAACGGAGGAAGUGUGAUGAUGGUGCAAAUUCAUCAACCUCUCGCGCAACAGAAACGACCAAUGGUGAAGAUGAUCAAGGAGACACUCGACCACCGGGUGUUAAGGCAGCAAAGGGCCAGCGUAAGAAGAAGGAUUUGGCAGAGGGGAAGAAGAAAGAUUUGGCAGAGGGGAAGGCGGUGUAUGAGUUUGAAACUAUGUGGAUCAUGAAGAAGGAGGACUUGACAAUGAAAGAGAAGCUAUCAAAGAUGAAGUUGCUUGAGAGUCUAAUCGCAAAACCAGAACCUUUAGCGGACUAUGAAGAAGCUCUGAAGAAGAGGCUUGUCACUGACCUGUUAUCUUAA